AUGGCAGAUUGCCAUCAAGUGCGUGGCAAUGACUCCAAGAUCGACGGCACUGCCGAGGACAAGAAGGACGUGCAGUGCGACGCUGAAGAUACCACGUCAGGAUACGAUGACUUCUGCCUCUUGACUUCGUCCAUCAUUAAGCUGGAUCCCAAGGACGUGUUGAUCAUCAAGGACGGUACCGUGCGCGUCGCCGAGUCCCUAGACCGUGAGCAGCUGGAUGCCAACGGAACCGCCGUGAAGGCAUCAGGCAGUUGGACCAAGGCCGAACAUGAGCGCUUCUUGUGUGCAAUGAAGACAUUCCCAAAGGGUCCAUGGAAAGCCAUUGCCGAGAUGGUCGGUACUCGGACGGUGCGCCAAACGCAGACACACGCCCAGAAGUACCGGGAGAAGUUGGCCCGCCGCAUGCGGGGUCUCCGCAACCGGAACGGUACCCUGCAGAACCCACCUAUGGCAGGAAUGGCGGGCUACCCUCAUUACAUUAUCCCUUCCUACACAAGCAUGCACGAACAUGGCUAUCAACAUGCGGCUCAUUCUGGUAAAACGGGAUACACCUCCACGGCUACUCUUGCAAGAACUUCAUCACUACCAUCCAUGCCCCUGCACAGUCUACCCCUCGAUCACAACCACACACCGUACGUUUCCACUGCAUUGCCGGUCUCGAUUGCCAUGGUGAGUUCGGAGUUUAGCCAAAUGAGCACGUCUAUGACUUCUCCGAGUGCUGUUAUCGAAAACGGAAUCUACCUAUCACCCUGGGAAACCAACGGGGCUGAAAACAAGCCGACGGUGCCUGACUUUGACGAAUCCAUGGAUUUUCUCAUGGAUGUGUACUCGUCAAACCCCAGCGAGAUCAACACGGUGAUGCCAUCACAAUCGAUCGGGAUGACCGUGACGCCAACCGCUUGUAUCCCGCGCGCGCCACCGACACCGAUGUCAUCCUUGGUGAUGAAGCGGCACCCAGGGUACGGGCUUAUUCAACAAGAGAGAAGGCAUGCAAAGCUAGACAUGAGAGAGCAAGAGGUAAAAGCGUAUGAUUCGACUUGA